CGUUUACUGCCUCGUAUAAUUAGAGCUGCCGGAGGCUCACAUUGAUUACAACAGUCAAAGUUUGAUGAGUGACGUUUCACUCAGCUGUGGAUAUCUCACAAAGGGAGACCAUGGAUGUGUUACCUUUACUUUGUGCAGUCGCUGUGGCUUUCACAGGUUUGACCAGAGGAGCUGGCGUGUUGCCAGACGCUCUUCUGAAUGCAGCUGUGGGAGAGACAGUGAUGUUCACCACAACAGUGACUUUACCAGAAACAUCACUUCUAACAGUGCGAUGGAAAUUUGGGGAUAAGGAGAUCAUAUAUUUCAGUUUGAACAACUUCACUUCACCAGAGUAUGAAGGCAGGAUCACUCUGUUCAUAUCUACUGGAUCUCUGGAGCUCAGGAGUCUGACUCAUAAUGACAGUGGAGAAUACAGCGUUUCCAUUGCUAUAAUUGGAGAACUACCGAAGGAAGGGACAACCAGACUGAGUGUACAUGAGCUAGUUUCUGACGUCAUGGCGAAUGCCAGCAGCACAGACUUGGAGGAGGACAGCUCUGUCCGUCUGUCCUGCUCCUCCUCUGGAUCCUCUCUCUCUUUCCUCUGGCUCAACAGCAGCUCUGAGGUUACAGCCAGUGACAGAGUUCAGCUCACUGAUGGAGGCUCCACUCUCACUAUAAAUGUGACUCGCUACGACCAGGGACCGUUCAGUUGUCGUGUGUCCAACCCUGUCAGUACUGCCACCAGUAGUCAAAUACAGCUCUCCAUCAGCUACGGACCAGAAAAUAUUAAUCUGAUAUCACCGUCACCAGAAUACUAUGCGGAAGGAUCAGACAUCAUCCUGUCCUGCUCAGCUGACUCCAGACCUGCUCCCCAUUUUACGUGGCUUCUGAAUGGAGACCUACAGAAAGAUACUGGAGCAGAUCUCAGACUGAUGAACAUUCAGAUGAGUCAAAGUGGAAACUACAGCUGUCGGGCCUUUAACAGCAAAACUCUGAUACGUGAAACGUCUCCGCCCUCAGUUGUCUCUGUCCUGAAGAAAAUAACAGGUGCUUCUAUCACAUCGAAAACCAACGGGUCGAUAGAAGGCAACUCUUUCAACUUAUCCUGUGAUGCUGCUGGCUUUGUGUUUAAGAGAGAGUGGAGGAAGGGUGACGUAGUACUGACUCCAGAUGACAACAUGCAACUUUACGACAAGGACAGAGUGUUGUCCUUUAACAGUCUGAGUAAAGAUGACGCUGGAGAUUAUGUUUGUAACGUCAGCAACCCCGUCAACCAUGUUGAAGCUAAAUACAAAGUGUUUGUUUUCUAUGGACCAGAACAUGUUAAAAUCCACGGUCCAAGUGAGAUAUACCUUAAUGGGACCUUAAAAUUAAUCUGCUCUGCUGAAUCCGAACCUGCUGCUUACACCUGGACGCUGAACGGGACAAAGAUCCACAAUUCUUCUGUUAUUUUUAAAACCAACACUAACUAUUCGCUUAGUGGCAACUACAUCUGUGAAGUGAUGAAUCAUAUGACCGGGAAAACAUCCUCAGCGGCCCAUCUACUGUCUGUAAAAGCCCAACCAAUCACACCACAAGGAAUUUCGGAUGGUCACAUCGCUGGAAUAGUAAUCGCAGUUUUAGUCGUCUUUGGAGGACUGUGUGGAGGAUACUAUGUUUAUCAUACAAAAAAACAGAGACACAAACUGUCAGUUAGAACCCCUCCCACCGGAACAGGAGCUGAAGGCCAGGACAACAAAGCAUAUGCAGGAACUCAGGAGUUGAAUUAUGCAGAUAUCAGUAUUUUCCAGAAAAAAGAUGGUGGAAAAGUGCAGCUGGCGUCGCAGAGUAACUCCUCAGAAUAUGCCCAGAUCAGACUGACCAACAAUCCUCCUGCAGCUUCCUCCUCUCCUCAUGAUGCCGACCAGCAGCGAAUGAAGAAGCCAGCUCCUCAGCCUCCUUCCGAUGCCGCACCAGUUUACGCUCAAGUUCGCAAGAAAUGACCGACCACACUGGAUGUCAUGGAUGAUCCGGUGAGGUUAGACUGGAGGCCCAAAGCAGCUGACGUGUGGGCAGAGAAACCUGCUUAUCUCUCUUAGUUCCUUUUUUUUUUUAUAGCGGACUAAUUUUAAACUAUGUUUACUAUGUCAACGCACUUUAGCCGUGGUUAAUAAUCCACCAGGUUCGAACAGUUGUUGCCAUGGCUGAGGUCAGGCGGCACAAUGCUUGACUACACGCUGGCCUUUCCCACAGAAUAGCUUCCUAGUUGUGUGUCUACAUUCAAUGCAAAGUGCACAUAUAUUUGAACAUAAUCUUCGACAAUAGUGUGGUGUCAUGUUUGACUCCACACGUGAGAUUCAAAUUUAAAUUCAAUUUUAAUUACAGAUUAUGUAUUUGUUUUCAAGUUUCACAUCUUACAAAAACAAAACAUAUUGGUUAUUUAACAUUAUAUAAUUUACCUUUCAGUGGAGUCUGUCGCGCCCUGAGCUUGUUGAUUUAUCAGUACAAUAGUGAACUAUAAUUACCCUGACAUGGUGGAAAGAUUUACUAACAUGCAACAGUAUGCAAUAAGUUUCUCUCCAGUUCCAGUUGAACCAUAGAAGAAACAAUAGUUGAUCAAAGUUAAAGGAAUACACAUGAGGUUAUUUGCUUCAUAUCUACAGCUACAAUAAUGACCUUGAGUCUUGAAGGUGCUAGAAAAAGCAAAUUGAAACAGUUUUCUUGAAGAAAUAUCUCAGUCAUUUCCCAAAAGUGAUCAUCAGAGUAAUUCAGAUCAUGUUUAUGGUACAUGUCAGUAAAAGUUGCGAUGUGAUAAUAUCUCUUCAAAUAUCUCCCUUAAAGGCCUCAAGUUCAUUUUUAUUUCCGCAAUCACUUGCCGACACUGUGAUUGGGUUAACUUUGAGGAUAAUAAUGUGUCUGAAUGAUAUCAGUAUUGGAGAUGGUAGCGUGAUCAAGUCACGAGUGCCACCUCAGAUUUUAGUUCUUGAACAAACUAAAAUAAGUGAAUCCAAACCCGUGGACCACACUACACUACCAGAGCAGUGAGAGUCGGUCGGACAGAUAAACAAUGAGCUGGAACGCACUAAGAGCUCCGUAAAGCCGGUUGGAGCAUAGUACAGUAGGAGACGUUGUGUCCGUUAUCACAAUAAAUACAUGAAAUUACGAGUAUUUCAAGUGUCUUGUGUAUUUCUCAGCUGUGUAUUUAAAGAGUGAGUCUUCAGAUGAAGCCAGAAAGUCAUUUGUCUUCAGCCCGGCUCCACAUUAACCGCCAGAUCAAUGCCAUCAGACAUUAUAAACACACGUUCUAUUUUAAUCGCUACUCUUUAUGAGAAUGAAGUCUCCCAACCCGAGCUAAUGAGUGCAUGAGGAAUUGGCAGAUUCCCCCUCCCCCAUUAGUUACUCAUUAGUAAAGCUCAAACAUGUGAGCUACAAGCAUGGUUGAUUUAUAUUGCAUGCUAUAGAAGCAUUGUAUUGCAAAUUAAAAGUUUCUACACUUUAAUCAUUGUCGAACAGAAUCCCUCAAUUACGUUUCUUUUAACCUUGAAAUUCAAUCAAAUUACCAAUUAAUAAUGAAACAAUUGGAGUAUUUUAAGGAGAUACUUAAUGGAAACAUUAAUGGAUUGUAAUAUAUAGUGGUAUUUUUAUUGGAUGAUAUGCACUGCUUAAUAGAUAAAAACAAUCUUGAAGCUGAACAAAGGUCACGGAAAUCACCUGUUAAUGUACAACUUAAAAGGCUGUCGUUUUUUUAUUUAAGGGUUGUUUUUAUGGUUUUUGUUAAUUUUUUUGAUUCUCUUUGUUAACUGUGCAAUUAAUUUUAUAAUCCAGUAAAAAUUGUGUGCCCUUAAAGUGCUUUUUGAAUGCAGGUGUUUUCUCUGGCUCCAGGUAGAGCCAGUAAUGACUCCGUCUGGCUACCAUACUAAACACGUAAUAUUAAAUCUUUGGUACGUUUUCAGGGGUAAAUUAAGGAGUAAUUAUAAUUCUUGUUUCAUAGUGAAUUGUGUUGUAUCAUGAUUUGUCUAGCAGUAUUUGCUCUUUCAUUAUUAUUAUUAUUUUGUUCAAUCUAACUGUAACUUUGACUGUAAUUUAGUGCCUCACCAAACUGAACAUGUGAUUAACGUUCGA